AUGGCGAGCGGAGCAAAGUACGGCGUUGGCCUAGCCGUUGCAUCCAAGAUAAGGGCUCGGAAUUUCUCUAGCGGUUCUAAUGCACCUGCCUUCACUUGGUUAACUCUCGCAGCAAGCGAGGUGGUCAAUCGUGACACGAAGCGCCUUCGCUUUGCAUUACCAAGUCAACAAGUAUCUAGUGGGCUUGCUUUGACCUCUUCCCUGUUGGUUGCAUCAUUACCGAAAAGUUGCUGGCUGCCAGUCAUACGACCAUACACUCCCAUCACCUCUCCAGAUAAUCCCGGUGUUGUCGAUUUACUGGUCAAGCGCUAUCCAGGCGGGAAACAAAGCACACACUUACAUUCUUUAGCUGUAGGUGAGAAACUCUUUGUGGUAGCGGCAAUUCCGGGGUUUUCUUGGAAGCCUAACUUGACUUCACAUGUCAUUUUGAUUGCCGGUGGCUCGGGUAUAACCCCUGUGUUCCAAUUGAUGCAAGGCAUCCUGCGGAACCCAGAGGAUAAGACGUCUACCACUCUUAUCCUAGGCAGUAAAGAUAACGAUGGUCUGCUACUCAAGUCGGAGUUGGACCAGGUCGCGAAAGAUUACCCUGCCCGUGUGAAAGCCUUCUACACUGUUAGCCACCUGAUAGAAGGCUCAACCACUCGUCAGGGACACAUCGACAAGGAAUUUUUGGAAAUCAUAUUACCUCACAGAGACCAAGAGAACCAUGUUUUCGUAUGUGGGCCUCCAAGUAUGGAGAUGUUUUUAGUAGGCAAACGAAACACGCCUGGGAUUCUAGAGCAAUUAGGAUUUAAAAAGAAUUACAUCCACACGUUCUGA